AUGACUGUGGCCAGGCUAUGUUUUGCUCUGCUGACUGUGAGCGCCGGGCUCGCCAGGACCCAGCUGGUCAUUCACCUGCUGACGCUUGCAAAGCUGGACAUGCAUGGGCUGAGCGGGGAGAGCAUCGCAACUCUGCGCUUCCUGGUGCAGGCACAGGCGCUGUUCAUGGCCUCAACCCAUGAUGAGGCAGCCAGCGCCAGAUGGGCAGCUUUUGCAGGCCUCUCUGGGGCAGCACACAGCAGGAGCAAAGACUCUUCUGACCUGUUCCGGCGGCUGAGCACCGCAACAUUAUCCGCACAGCUGCCGCAGUUGGCAGGAUCAAGGCCUUUAUCACCUGAGGAGGUGGCGGAUGCCCUUGCCAAGGAGGAGCUGAAUGGUUAUGGCAUCAUGGCACCCUCAGGGCCCGAGGGUGAGAGGAGGAUCCGAGGGACGGCCCUCUAUCCGAAGGCAUCCCUCCUCAACCACGAGUGCCUGCCGAAUGUUGCACGGGUGGACAACUUUGAUGAAGCAGAUGUGAACGCGCCGGAAAACACUGCGGUGCAUUUUAAGGCCCUGCAUAAUCUGCCGGCCGGUGAGGAGUUCACACAGAGCUACUUUCCCAUGCACACCAGCUACCAUGUCAGGCAGCAGCGAUGCCAGGACCAAUAUGGCUUUGCUUGCAACUGCCCCCGCUGCAAGGAGGAGAGCACAUGGCCGAGCGACGAUGAGGCAGACAACCUUGGGGACGAAGAGCAAAUGGAAGUGGAACGGGAAGCUGGCAGCAUGGGCGAAGAAGCAGAGCAGGACGGGGACCGGGCGGAUGCAGGGUACAUCCAGGUGUUCCUGCUGAAGUAUGUGUGCCCCCAGACAGACUGCUUUGGCACUAUGGUGCCCAUCCAGGCAGGCAGCUCGCUUCAUGUCUGCAACAUGUGCGGCUGCCAUCGCACCGAAGUCCAGUUCCUGGCGGAUCUGGAGGCUGCGCACAACGACGAGGCCAUGGCAGCAGCAUGA